UGGUCCCGUGCGCUCGUCAGAGGAUACGGAGGCUGCUGUGCUGUUACUUUUUGACAUGUUUGGGAAAGCUUCCAGUGAUAAGGAGCCGCACAGAGCGUUUUCCAUACUUUUCGAAGUAUUUCUGACUUCUAAUUUUUCGCGACGUGCAUUUUGUUGAAGUGGCGCGUGUCAAACCUCUCAAGACUGACUAAGGACCGGAGCUUGACUUCAUGGAAACUAUUUUCAGUUGGUUAAAGGAUUUUAUGUAUUUCAAUAUAGGAACGUUGAGAUGAGAAAAUUUGGCGGUGGGCAACAGUAAAUGCCCCUUUGCUUUGAAUCAGCCAUAUCUCGCGCUGAAUGUUCAAAUGUUUCCUAAACGCACUUACAGGUAAACAAAGAUCGAUAUAACUUUUGUCUUUAUUAAAGAAAUAAUUUUAUUGGUUUGUUAAGUAUCUAAAGAUGGUUUUAACGAACUUUUGCACUGUUUUGCACUGAGCAUCAGAAUUAUAAACUCUAUAAAAAUACAUCGGAUCUUAUGACUAUUUAAUGGAUUGUAUCUCUCUACUGACUUAAGUGUAUCUGAAGUUUUCAAACAUGAGGGGAAGGUACAUGCUUGGUUUCGGUGUUUUGUGUCUGUUUACAUGGGCUGUUUACGUGUCAGAGAGCAGCCCGACCGAUAAACAAGCAAAACUCAGAAUGCUGUCCAUAAGACGAGCAAGACAAAACAAAUCACAACAGGGUCAGAUUAUCAGAACACGUACUUCUUCAUGGAUCAAUGAUAAACGCCAGCAGUUGCAGGGAGAUGAAGGUAUAAACGUUACCAGGAAUGUCCAAUCCAGAAAAAUCUUGGUACAAAGGAGACCAGCACAGGGUGGGGCUAUGAAUCCAAUCCAGCAAGAUGAUGGAACACCUGGAGCCAGGGCCAGAGUAUCCCGCAUGCCAAACAGUGCCGGUUCUCCAAACUUAUUGGCGUCAUUUGCGGGGAAAAAUCGCCUGCUGGUUAUUUCUGCACCCCACGACUCUGAUGGUUACUACAGAUUGAUGAUGAGUCUUCUUAAACCAGAGGUUUACUGUGAGUUGGCAGAGCGGCACGUGCAUCAGAUUGUCAUGUUUCACCAGGAAGGGGAGUUGGGUGGGAAAAUCAGACGCAUUACUAAUGAAGGCAAAGUGAUGGAAGAGCCGUUGGAUACGACUCUUAUUCCCAGGCUCAUGAACAUUCUUAAAUUAGAGAAAGGAAAGUUUGGGAUGGUCCUUCUUAAGAAGACGCUUCAGGUAGAGGAGCGCUACCCAUACCCUGUCAGACUGGAAGCGAUGUAUGAAGUUAUCGACCAGUCGCCUAUGCGCAAAAUGGAGAAAGUCAGGCAGAAAGGCUUUGUGCAGAAGUGUAAAGGGGCUGGGGUGGAGGGUCAGGUGGUCGAGGGUGUCCCCAGCACUGACUCCCAAAUGGACCCACCAACAGAGAGGAGAAGAGAGGAGCGGAAACCCAUACGAAGACCGACCACAACAACAACUCCAACUCCAACAAGACCAACAACCACUACCAAAGGAACUACCACCACCACCACACGUCCCCCAACGACAACUCGAUCCACCACCACAACAACGACAACAACACGGCCGACCACAACGCGGGCCACCACCACUCCAAGGACGACCAGAGCUCAUACUACCCCACAAUGGAUCCCAGCCCACAAGACCACCGCCGAGCCUUACUAUUACAACCGAAGGGACAGAUUCCAGACAACCUCACCCACGACACUUCCCGUCUAUACCAAGGCUGACACAGCAAAAUACAGGGACAACCGCACUGAUAAAAAAGAAUACAACCACAGACAUACCAACAUUAUACCUACACAACACAAACCACCUAAAGUUAAGCCUACGAAGAAAAAGAAUGGCGAUAAGGAAAUUAGCAAUGCUUACGAGGAGAAAUAUGAUGUAGGUGGGCCCACCGACGGCUAUCCUGAAGAGAAGGAGGAAGAGAUUGUGCCCGUCAAGAAAGGCAAGGGCAAGACAGAUAAAAAGAAGAAAAAGUUGUCCAAGAAAGACAAGGCGGAGAGGAGGGGAAAGGAUGGAAAGGGCAGUAAGAAAAAUGGAAAGAAAGUUUCGAAGAUCCACGAGAAAGAAGAAUAUCAGAAACCAACAAAGAGACCACCACCACCGCCUCCACCACCUAAAGGAGCUCUGGCAACCUUUUUGGACUAUUUUGAAAGCAGAAGGAGACUAAUUUUGAUCACCUCUCCAACAGAGGAGAACAACAUGUAUGUUCAGCAGAGGGAUGAAUACUUGGAACAUGUGUGUGAGAUGGCAAUCAGAAAGGUCUCCAUCAUCACCAUCUUUGGCACACUUACAAACAGCACCAUGAAGAUAGAUCAUUAUCAACUUGAGAAUGACAAGCCCAUGAAAGGUUUGAGACAGGAGGAUUUGGAGAACCAGAAUCUCAUCACGGAGCUGAGGAAAGAGUAUGGAAUGACCUACAGCGAUUUCUACAUGGUCCUCACAGAUCUGGACAUGAAAGCGAAGCAAUACUAUGAAGUGCCAAUUGCAAUGAAGGCUGUUUUUGACUAUAUCGACACGUUUUCCUCGCGCAUCAGAGAGAUGGAACAACAGAAACGUGAUGGGGUGACGUGUAAAAAAGAAGACAAGCCAAGAUCAUUGGAGAACUUCCUUUCCAGGUUCCGCUGGAGACGUAGAUUGUUUGUCAUAUCUGCACCAAAUGAUGAGGAAUGGGCCUAUCAACAACAACUCUACGCACUGACCAGUCAGGCGUGCAACCUGGGUCUUCGCCAUGUAUCAAUACUGAAGCUGGUGGGGACAGAUCUGAUAGACAUGGGAGGAGUGUUAGAGCUUUACCCCAUCAAUGGAAGUGCAACGGUGGAGCGUGAGGGGAUAUCUGCCAGUCUAGUGCGGGACAUUAGAAACUAUUUCCAGAUCAGCCCUGAAUACUUCUCCAUGCUGCUGGUGGGAAAAGAUGGAAAUGUCAAGUCCUGGUACCCGUCUCCCAUGUGGUCCAUGGCCAUCAUCUACGACUUGAUCGACUCCAUGCAGCUCCGCAGACAGGAAAUGGCCAUCCAGCAGUCUCUAGGCAUGCGCUGCCCAGAAGAUGAGUACGGUGGCUACGGUUACCACCACGGCUAUCAGGAUGGCUAUCAUCAGGGUUAUGGAUAUUAGGGUUUAUAACAUUCAUAAGACAGUGUCACGGUAAGAAAUAACUGAAAACUUCCUUUCUGAACUGGUUUUAUAAUUAUCAUAUACAGCUGAUAUAUUUAUAUUUAAAGAUGCAUCUUAUCUGCUAUACAUCUGUCCCUAUGGACAUAAUCUUUUGUAGAUAAAAGACGUUGUCGAAACAUUUGUAUUUAUUGAAUGUCUUCACUAUAAGAAGUGAUCAUUUUUAAAGGUCACAACCUGCUUUUUCGUGUUGAACUGUAUUGUUACUCUAUUUUUAAAGAGCACUGUCUUAUUUAUAAACGUAUAAAUUGUGCUUUAAUUUCAAUAAAAAAAAAUAUACUGA